UUUUUCGCGGCGUGAUCGGAACCUUUCGUCUAUGGACGGCAUGACUCGGAAUAUAAAUAUAUUUUCGAAAUUAAACGUUGUUUUUGCAAAAGGCGUAUAAAAUUCAUUAUUUAUCUCGGUAAAAAUCUGUCAAAUAAUGCUUAAACAUAAAAAAAUUCCAUUUUUGGAAAAUAUUUCACGGAUCGAUAGCGGGAUUUCCCAUCGAAUGACGUCAUACAUGGAAUUCCUUAUGAAAGUGAAAACAUGAAAUAUCGAGACGGGCGAGGAAGAUACCGCAAAUUUGGUGAGAAAAAGAGGAGAAAUGAAGUAUCCAAGCGAGUAAUUAUUGAGCAUAAUUACACAAAUACUGGGUUAUGUAACGGUAGUGACUGCACAGCUACAAAUUGCAGCAACUUUCACUUUGAACUUGGCGCUAGUGUUAGCCGUGAUGGGUGGAGGGAAGGCAGACGUUUGAUUGAACUUGACAUUUUGUUGAAGAACUUAAAGUACUGUCGCUCUUGUAAGUUAGGACCUGUGCCGUUGACAGCUUAUAACGUGGUUGGUGAGUUGCAAAAGGGGCUUGGUGGAUAUUUAUAUAUGGUUUGCCAGAAUCCUGACUGCAACUUCGUCAACAGAGUGUCAUAUGGCAAAGUACACCGGAUGAAAACAAAUGGAAUGCCAUGUUUUGAUGUCAAUACUAAACUUGGUACAGCUAUGAUUGACAGUUUGGGCGGCCCAGUCCGUGUCAACAAUUUAUUAUCCACUCUAAAUGUCAAGCCUAUAUGUAACAGGAAUCUGAAGAAAAUGGAGGAACGUGCAGGCGAGGCCAUAGAGGCACAUUCUGUGCAUUCUACAAACCAAGCUGCUCUCCAAGCAUUUGAGAAAGAAAUUGAAGACAUUGCACAUCAAGAAUCAUAUGAGGCCCGGAAAUCAAUGGAAGGGAUGUUACUGGAUGAUCUUGGGGUUUGUCCACUACCAGAUGAAUCACCAAACCUUCGUCAACUGUUACAAGAUACAUCAGUUGUUGAGGGGGAUUCAGAUUGGACUGAUGUUGAGUCUGAUACUGAAGAAGGAAAUGAUGGUCCAGCUGACAACAUUCAGAGCUAUAGACCUGUUACAGACGAUCCCUUCAGAACUCCAGAAACAAAUGGCAUACCACAGUCUGUCAGAAAAAAGACAAAGAAACACCAUAUCCAAGAUACAGGCUCUUCAAGCAGAAGAUGUUUGGUUAAGAAAUUCCCUUGCAAGACCAGAAAGGGGAUGAGUUGUGCUGUUGAUACUGCUUGGCAAAAAAAAGGCUUUGAUAGUUUAACCUCACACACGUUCUUUAUGAGCAAGGCAAAGUAUGAAAAGAAAGUUGUGAAGUCUGUUGUAAGUCAUAGGACAUGUGGUACAUGUAACUGGUGGAGACGAAAUAAGCCCGGUCAGCCUGUUAGACCUCACAAGUGUGUACGAAAUCAUACUGGAAGUGCCCGUUUGAUGGAGAGUGUCAGUGGAGAGAGGGGGGUAGCAGAACUUGCAGCAGAAGGAACGCCAGUCGAGUAUAUUGAAGGCGAUGGUGAUAACACCCUGAUAGCUAGAUUAAAAAAGAACAUGAACAUAGACAUGAAAAAAAGUUGACUGCUGUUCGUUUUCUGUUACACAGUUGAUCUUCGGUACUAGGCCACUUUGGUUGCAGUUCUACAGAUGUUAUGACCAAUAUGAACCUUGGAUUGUCACCUGGAAGUCAUACCAUAAAGUACGCAGAUAAAUGUCUCAAGCGACGUCUACAGAAGCAGCAACGCCAACAACUUCCAUCAGUUAAAAGGCGCAGACUUGUUCUGAAACAGGAGC